AUGCUCUGCCUAGCCUCAUUCUUGUGGAAUUGGAUGUCCGGCUUGAUCUACGUUACUAUCUUGCUCUUCCUGCACUCUUCCCUCUACAUCUGCUGCUCUAAAGACCGCGUAGGUACCGUAGCUGCUAAUUGAGAUUUCCUUUUAACACUAGAAUAGAUGCCAAAAGCAAGGAAAGACUGGUCAAUUGGAUAGAGUGGGUCCUCACGGGGAUAUUGCGUGCAACAAGGGUUCUUGGAGAUACGAAACUUCUCUAGCAGAAGAUGAAAUCAACAAGGAGAAGAGAACAGAUGAUACCAGAACCGCAUUGGCAAUUGCAUCCCAGUCGAGUUUGGAUGACAAGGUGGAGGAAUUCGAGGAAUGCGAAACUCAGCGAACUGAAAGCACAGCUAAAGGUAAGUUUAAAUAAAAAAAAUUACGAUGGUUUAGAUGUGGAUGAGGAAGUUAUUGCUCUCGAAUUUGAUCAGAAACAAAAGCAAGCGGUCAUUGAGGUAGGAUGACAGUCAGACUGACAUCAUUUUCCCAUUAUUUUUAGUCACUCCACCGUUUUCUUGACAUCAGCAAAAACAGCAAAGGUCCUUUACAAGUCCGAUGCAACACCAAUGCACAGAAUAUCAUCCUCCAUGUUCGGAAAGUUAAACGUUGA